AUGGAUUAUCUGACCAUUGAAGCUGAGGAAGAAGUCCUUCCAGCCAUUACUAGUGAGGAUGCUUCUCUGCCCCAAAAACAGAACACAGAAGAAAUGGAACCUACUGUUGAGCUCCUUCCUGUUGAGUUCCAGGAAUUGGUGACAGUCAAGGAUGAGGAAAUGGAUUUCGCUCAUGUGGAAGAAGAACAGCUGAGUUCUGCCCAAAGGUACAUGGGCAUGGAUAUGAAAGUGGAGAAUUGUGGGAGCCUGGUAUUUUGGGUGAAAAAGCCUUGGAAGUGCAAUGAAUGUGGGAAAUCCUUCAGUUACUACUCAGCCUUUAUCUUACAUCAGAGAAUUCAUACUGGAGAGAAGCCUUAUGUAUGUAACGAGUGUGGAAAGGCCUUCAGUCGGAGCUCAUCACUUAUUCAGCAUCAGAGGAUUCACACUGGAGAGAAACCCUAUGAGUGUAAUGAAUGUGGGAAGGCUUUCAGUCAUCGGUCAGCCCUCAUCCAACAUCACAUCAUUCAUACUGGAGAAAAGCCCUAUGAGUGCAGUGAAUGUGGGAAGGCCUUCAACCAAAGCACGUACCUUAUUCAACAUCACAGAAUCCAUACUGGAGAGAAACCCUAUAAAUGCAAGGAAUGUGGGAAAGCUUUCAAUGACACCUCAUCCCUUAUUAAACAUCAAAGGGUUCAUACUGGAGAAAAACCCUAUGGAUGUACAGAGUGUGGGAAAGCCUUUAGUGACAGGUCCGGCCUGACCCAACAUCAGAGAACUCAUACAGGGGAAAAGCCAUAUGAAUGCAGUGAAUGUGGGAAAGCUUUCAGUUACUGUUCAGCUCUUAUACAACAUCAAGGAACUCAUACUGGGGAGAAACCUUACAAAUGUAACGAAUGUGGGAAAGCCUUCAGUGACCGCUCAGCUCUUGUAAGACAUCAGAGAAUUCAUACUGGAGAGAAACCUUACAAAUGUAAAGAAUGCAAGAAAGCCUUCAGCCAGAGCUCAUCUCUUACAAAGCAUCUGAGAACUCAUACUGGAGAGAAACCAUAUAAAUGCAAUGAUUGUGACAAAGCCUUCAGCCAGAGUUCAUCUCUUAUUCAACACCAGAAAACCCAUAUGGGAGAAAAACACUACAAGUGUAAGAAAUGUGAGAAAACGUUUAGUGUGCGUUCAGCCUUUCAUCAACACAAAGAAAUUCAUGAUGGAUAG